CACUUAUCAACAUGUCUGCCUCCAUGGUGCGAGCGACCGUCCGGGCGGUCAGUAAAAGGAAGAUCUUACCCGCAAGAGCUGCCCUGACACUGACUCCAGCAGCUGUGACUAAGAUCAGAUUGUUGUUGCUGGACAAACCAGAAUAUAUUGGUUUAAAGGUUGGAGUGAGAACACGUGGCUGUAAUGGACUGACUUACACACUGGACUACACAAAGGACAGAGAAAAAUCAGAUGAAGAAGUACUGCAGGAUGGUGUGCGAGUGUUUAUAGAGAAGAAGGCUCAGCUGACCCUUCUGGGAACUGAGAUGGACUUUGUGGAGUCAAAGCUGUCCAGUGAAUUUGUCUUCAACAAUCCCAACAUCAAGGGCACAUGUGGCUGUGGAGAAAGCUUCAACAUGUGAGCGUCAUGGAGCCUCCGUCCUCUUACCCUCCCUGCUCCAAAACCCCAUCUCAUCUAUGAAGACUGAGAGACUGUUGACGAGGAAGUCGGACGUGAGGAAAUCUUUGACAUAUAAACAUCCUUGAGUUCCUGCCAAUGCUCUUCCUGCAGACCACUCCCAUAUAAGUACUAGUAUGCAUUUUCAUGCUUCGAGGAAGAACUCAAUACAGUCUGUAGUCGAAAUCAUCUUAUCAGAAGUAAAUAGGUUCUUAUUCAUCUGACAUUGACGCCACUUUUACUUCUCGGCUCUGUAUUUAGAAAACCAGAGGACCUCUGAACCAUUGUGUUUUUAAUUCAAAGAAUGGUUUCCGUGUUACACAUAAGUGCACAUUCGUUUUCCAGAUAUUCAGUCGAAUCUCAUGUUGUAUUAAAUGCAGGGAAACAUGAAAAAGCAUGGCUCGUGAAUGUGCACACAAAGCUGAGUGAUGGUUUGGUAAAGCUAAGAGGGUGCAGCAUGAUACCGGGAAGUAUCCUGCUUCCAUGUUUGAAUCUAUCCACCAAAGUCCAGAAGGAAGGCAGAACCAGCAUGGCCUACUUGAUAAACACACUGUCAGAGCUGUGGUUUAUCAUCCAUGCCAUGUAACCAGUGGUUGGCCAGGAAAAAAAAAAAGGGGGGGACGAGUUUGAGUGUCUUGAAACUGUUUUAUCAGUUUGUAAAGUUAGAAAUUAUAUAUUUAUCUCUGUGUGUAAAUAUACAAAAAUGUAAAUUCCUUGAAUAACACAUGCGCACAAAAUAGCAAGCAACGCACAAAACAUGUAUUCCUACAUGUACACAAGGUUUCCAGUGAGGUUUUUUUUUUUCUGCUCAAUCAAUGCCAGGACUUUGUGUUCGCAUAGACUGUGUGCUCUUAAGAUUUGUAGCCUGUGCAAUAUGUCGGUGUACAUAUGAAAUAAUAAAUAGCUAAACUGAG